CUUCCAUCCCUGCUAUAACUCAACCAACCCAACUCCCAAUCUGUUCCUCGAGCGCUUUUCUCAUAUUCGAACGAGGCAAGCUACUAUAUACCCUUUUAUUGAUCAGUCUACUUAACUCCGGUAUCAUGUAUCGCCAAUCUUUCGCUCCUCCGCCUGCACACUCCCCUCCGCUGCACCACCCAGUGCCUCAGCAUGUCUCAACCGUCCCCAUGAUGCGCUCGCCUCCUCCGCCCACAUCCCAGCAGUCUCAACCCUCAAGUUAUGGCAACCCGUAUCAGCCAGCACCCGCACAGGGUGGCAGUGGGACAUAUGCCCCUGGAUUCGGGGGGUUUAUCAACGACCCCACGGCGCAGAUGGGGUUCCAGGUAGGAAAGAGUGCCAUGGCGGCUGGGCAGGAGUACAUGGAACAGAAUUUCAACCGCUACGUAUCCAUACCUGCGCUGAAGCACUAUUUCAACGUUUCGAAUUCGUAUGUGAUCAACAAACUCGCUCUGGUGCUCUUCCCUUGGCGGCAUAAGCCCUGGUCUCGCCAACAGGCACGUCUUGCUACCGCCUCAGUAGGACCAGAUGGCCAAAUAUCCCAGCAGCAGUACUCAUCCAUGUUCCUACCGCCGCGAGAUGAUCUCAACUCGCCAGACAUGUACAUCCCCGUGAUGGCACUUGUUACCUACAUCCUUCUCUCCUCAAUGCUUGCGGGUUUUCGGGGAAACUUCCAUCCAGAGCUUCUUGGAUCAACGACAACUACAGCUAUCGCGGUGAUGUUGUUUGAGAUACUGUGCUUGAAACUGGCUACGUAUAUCCUGAGUAUCAACAACGAAUCGCAGUUACUAGAUCUUGUCGCCUACUCUGGUUAUAAAUUCGUGGGCAUUAUUGUCACCCUUCUGGCUUCAGAAAUCCUGACACCUGGACGAGGAACUGGCGGCUGGGUGGGAUGGGUAGCGUUUAUUUACACGUUCUUAGCAAACGCUUUCUUCCUGCUUCGAUCCCUGAAGUACGUUCUGCUUCCGGACUCGACGAGUGACUCGUCCAUACGCACUGGCUCGAUGCACACGGUGGCUCGCUCUCAGCGCAACCGGCGCACGCAGUUCUUGUUUAUUUACGCCUACGUUAUCCAGUUUAUUUUCAUGUGGGUGCUAAGCCGGGAGGGCCCUGUGGCAGUUGCGGGCAUGGGUAGUGCGGGGUCAUCAUAGAGAGCUUCGAGGGCUUUGGGUUGCACAUAAUGAUAUACACGGACCUCAUGAAACCAAUCAAGCAAAUGUAGAAAACUCUCAUGUACUUGGGGUUGGUUGUAAAACGCUAGAAAAAUGUGAUAUUUACAAUACUUCAUUUGGAUACUGGAAAAGGAAGGCAACC